AUGUUAAAAGCUGUGAGUUUCUUCUCUUUCUUGUUUGUUCUGAUGUUUAGGGCGAGCGAGGCUCUUUUUAUAUGUUUCAAAGUCGGGCUGACGUUGGAUUUCUGUUUUUAUCUCGGAAGUACGGGGCAAUUAUAUUCACCAUGACAGCUUCAAACCGACUGGGCUCUCUCAUGCUUUAGAGAAAUGCAACUAUCGUAAAAUGGUUUUUAAGACCAAGCUGAUAUGUUGAAGCUGCUUCUGACUAAGUUUCAAAUUCGUACUACAAAAACAUCUCAAGAUACGAGCGAUUUUCGAACUGCCAUACCUAAAUUAAGGUCGAGAUCGAUUUUUUGCCAUUUUUCCGUCCGAAUUCUUAACACAGCUUGUAGUUUAUACAUUGCAAACUCCGAUGUUUGAAUUUUAAAGUGGAAUUGGUUGAUUCGUCGCGUUUUUAUCGGAAUUUUAAGACGUCUUUGUUCUUUGUUCCUGUUUAAAUUUAAUUUUUGGGGUUUCUAAUGGUGGUUUGUGGUUUACAGCUCUUCUAAAUUAGGUUCUGUCUGCUUGUAGCGCACUAUGGCGUUCCGGGCUGUUAAUUCUUCCUUUAAUGGAGGUUUUAAUUUAAUUUGUCUCAUGGAUAAUAAGUACGUUGUUAGCUUCAAAAAAAGGUCGGAACCUAAGAACUUUUGAUGUGAAAUUCUCGUGUAAUAUAUAAUUUUGUCUGUCUAGACUUCUCAACGUUUUUUAUUUUGUCUGAAUGGAGGUUUUCAAAUUUUCUCUUCCAAACAUCAUGGAUAAUAUAAAACGUUGCGGAAUUCGAUAAAAGAUGACGUCCUGAAGUCUGAACUUUGAGUCUCAUGAUCAUAUUAUCGGCUCCGUGUGAAGAUGCUUCAAGUUUUGUGGUUCUUUGCAGGGUCUUCGCUUUCGUCUCCCUUCUUAUCGGCGCCCGGUCCAGCAAUCGCGCUGCUUUUCCUCCCAAUCAGACGACUUUCCGGGCAACCAAGCCCCGCACAACCGUUUUAUGGGCUUUCAGCUGGAUCAGAGCGGCGAGAAAAUCCAGAAACAGGAUUUCGAGUGGCCAAUUCUUGUAUGUUUUUUUGAUCAAAGUUUUGUCGCUUUAGGAAAUUAUUUCGAGAAUUUUGCGGUAAAAGGUUCUUAAAAGCCCUUAGGCUCAAAAUUGAGAGUGAAUAAAAUUUUUCGAAGGAAGUUGAGAGACCUUUUUAUAUUAUACUGGACAUCUGAUGGAUAAUUUUCAGCACGGUGGAUAUAAACCGCAACAUGUCCUGGUACUCUCGAAAAUCACUCGAUGGGAGGUUAUAAAGGAUAAGAGGAUAGGAAAAGAUCCAUCAGAUGCCCACUUGAUCGCCAAACAUAAGCAACAAGAGUGGUUUGUGGAAAAGAUUGUGGAGAAGUUAAAGUAAGUUGUUUUUUGUUGUGUUUUGCGUUUUUAGAUGUGUUUUGUGACAGCGAAGAUGAUUAGAGAGCUUUUAAAAGGUAGAAAUGGAAUUAUUCCGAGGAAAACGGAUAUUUUUUAAUUUUGUUACCUAAAAUCUUGAUGAUACUUUAAAUUUCGGCGAAAGUUCGAUGUAGUGUCAUUUUUUAUGACUGGAAAUGACUUAUUGCGUCGUUUACUAUGAUUUGAUAAGGAAUUCCACACAGAGCUUUUUCAAAAUCAGCUGAUAUAUUCAAUUUUCCCACCUGGACCAAGAUGAAUAUAAAUUUUUCUUCCAGAAGCCACAAAAUCAAUGUCACAGUAACGAAACCGGGUCAUUACACUGUCGAGAAGCUGAAGAAUGUAGACCUGGUGAUCUCCGCCGGUGGUGAUGGAACAUUCCUAACAGCAGCCAGCAGAAUUCGAAAUAAUAUCCCGGUUAUUGGGAUAAAUACGGAUCCUGUCGGGUCAGAAGGUCAUUUAUGUCUCACGGGAAAAGAGAAGAGAGAUGUUGGAGAAGUAAUUGAACAGUUCUUGGCCGGCCAUUUCACUUUCUUUUAUCGACACAGGAUAAGAGUCACCUUGUUGAAGUGAGUUUUGAUGUUGAAUUUAAAUAUUUUUUGGUUUAGUUGGGAAGCUGAAGCAUGAUUAGUCUAUUUAGAGGGGUAUUAGGAAAAAUAAAGCAAAAAAUUAUAUUACACAUGGUAAAUUGAUGAAUUUUUUUUAUUGUAGUAGACCCAACGUAUAUAUUUUUAAUCACGUUGGUUAUUAUGAGGUUGUAAUUUACCCAUAUUUACUAUUUUUUGUUAGAAAUUAGGACAUUUUUAUAUUGUAGUAGACAAAAAUUUUGACUUAGGCGUCUAUAAUUGAUUUUUAUGUGAGUUAUAAGCUCUAAUCUCUCCUGAAAUUGCAGACCGAGCAUUGUUGGAAAGGUCCGCCGCAACGACAGCACCGAAGAACACAAUGACAAAGCCCAAUUCCAUUCCGACGACGAAGAAAAUCAUCACAAUAACAUUCCCCUGCCCCUCCUCGCCCUAAACGAAGUAUUUGUGGGCGAAUCCCACGCCGCCAGAGUCAGUUAUUUGGAGAUCCAGAUCGACGACGGCCCGGUUUAUAAGCAGAAAAAUAGCGGAGUUAUUGUUUGCACGGGGACCGGCUCGACUUCUUGGAAUUAUAACAUAAAUCGGAGCACCGAAAGAAGUGUGGCAGAGCUCAUAACAUUCAUGCAGGAACAGGGAUACGAAGUGAAACCGCCGCUGGAUCAGAAUGCGGUGAAGAGUCUGUGCCAGCGAUACAAUGAGAGACUGGUCUUUGCACCGGAUGAAGAACGUAAGGAAAGGGAUGGAAAUGGGGUUUGAAGGGGUCUAGGAAAGAUGGGAGAUGAAACAAGGGUUUGUUAUGGGAGAAGAGAGGUAGUAGUGGAUGUUUUUUAAGAAAAUUUUGACUUAUUUUGGUUUUUUGAGCUUCUUGGACCUUAUUUUAGGUAAUAAAAUGGAGGAAGAUUGACUUUUAGUUUUUUGCGGGUAUCAAUAAGUGUUUUUGUGAAUCUCAAUGGCUUAUUAAAAGUGUAGAAGGUUAUACAGACCUGCAUUCUUGGAGAAAUUCGAUAAAAUUUUGUUUGUUAGGCCUGUGACCUUAUUUUAGGUAUAAAUUUGAAAUUUUUUGAUUUUUUCGAAUUUAAAAGCUUGAAAAAAAUUAUGAGGCUUGAUGACUCCUUAUGGAAUCAAUAUUUUUGCCGUAGAAAUUUUAUUUUGAUAAAAAAAAUCGAGAAAUUUUCGAUUUUCGGACCUUUGAAAAUCCGUAACAGUAAUUCGAUUGCUUGCAGGGAUGGAAUACAGUAUCCGCGACCCGGUCUUCAACCGGACCUUUGCCCAAAUCCCGGACCGAGGAUCGGCGACCAAAAUUAAAAUCAAAUCCAAGUGUUCGCACGCCCAUUUGACGUUGGACGGAUCAACUUCGAUCCCAUUCAAUCAUGGCGCCGAAGUCUUGAUCGAACUCUACCGAGAAGACGCCCUCAGGACGGCUCUUUUGACCGCACCGGCCGAGAAAUCGUCAUAG